CUAUGAGUAUGAGUCAUGCUCAGUACGUCUCGCUCGCUUGCGGAAAUUUAUGGAGUCGACAGAUAAGAAGCCGCUAAAUUUAAAAUCUGAUUUAACUUCUUUUUAAAUAAAUAUUUCGAGCGUUGCGUGUUUUUAUUCCGGAAAGUAAGCCAGCGGAAUAAUUUAAUUUAAGUAGUUUAGUUGGGACAGUAAUCGAAUAGUCUCUUAGACUUAGUUGCCGCAGGCAGGGCCGGUUUCUGCUCGGAGAGAUGACUCACUCACUCACUCACUCACUCAGUCAGUGUAAAUAAUGUCAUCUAUUGAUUUACGUGGUCAAGACCUGUGUGUUUGUUAGACUCCCCCAGACAGCAGCAGGCCAGGAGCAGGCCUGUGAAACUAGGGUUUGGUGUGGCCCUCCAGCUGUAGUCUGCUUGUGUUUUUACCUUCUGGCUCUUGUCUUCGCUGUGAGCGGUGCUGUCAGGGCUCCUGCAAGGAAGAAUAUCAUGAAGAUGAAGAUGAAGGUGUCUCCGCUGCCUCUGUUCCCUCUCCUCAUCAACGUGUGUCUGUCAGCCGUGGGCUGCGUGGCCACGCUCAAACUCAUUCCGGCUUUCAAAGAGCAUUUCAUUUCGGCCCGACUCUACGGCAUGGACCUGAACAAAACCAAGAAGACGGAGAUCCCAGAAUCUCAAGGAGUCAUCAGUGGGACAGUGUUCCUCAUCAUACUCUUCUGCUUCAUUCCGGUGCCCUUCCUCAGCUGUUUCAUGGGGGAAAAGUGCCAGGGUUUCCCUCAUGAUGAGUUUGUGCAGCUGAUUGGGGCCCUCUUGGCGAUCUGCUGCAUGAUCUUUUUGGGCUUUGCCGACGACGUGCUGAACCUACGAUGGCGUCACAAGUUGCUCCUGCCCACUGUAGCUUCACUGCCGCUGCUCAUGGUCUACUUCACCAACUUUGGCAACACUCUCAUUGUGGUGCCCAAGCCCUUCCGUGGCCUUUUGGGAAUGCACCUUGACUUGGGAAUACUGUACUAUGUGUACAUGGGCAUGCUGGCUGUGUUCUGCACUAACGCCAUCAAUAUUUUGGCUGGCAUCAACGGGAUAGAGUCUGGACAAGCUCUCUUCAUCUCAAGCUCCAUCAUCAUCUUCAAUCUGCUGGAGCUCAGUGGAGAUUUCAGAGAUGACCACAUUUUCUCCCUAUACUUUAUGAUUCCUUUCUUCUUCACCACUCUGGCCCUAUUCUACCAUAACUGGUACCCAUCAUCCGUGUUUGUGGGUGACACGUUCUGCUACUUUGCGGGGAUGACCUUCGCCGUGGUGGGGAUUCUAGGUCACUUCAGCAAGACCAUGCUGCUCUUCUUCAUUCCUCAGGUGCUCAACUUCCUGUAUUCGUUGCCCCAACUCUUCCACAUUGUACCCUGCCCCCGGCACCGCCUUCCCAGACUAAAUCCUGAAACCGGGAAGCUGGGAAUGAGCUAUUCAAAAUUCAAAAGAAAGGACCUCUCUAAACUGGGAGACCUGAUUCUAAAGGUGGCAGAGAUGUUGAGGCUUGUGGAGGUGAACAGAGGGAUGGAGGGAGAUGGAGAAUUCAUAGAAUGCAACAACAUGACCCUCAUCAACUUGGUGCUCAAAGUUCUGGGGCCCAUACACGAAAGAAGCCUGACAGCUAUCAUGUUGCUUAUACAGGUGCUUGGGAGUGUGGUGGCAUUUGGGAUCCGCUAUCAUCUGGUGCGCCUCUUCUAUGAUGUGUAGACACCAGGCACAGAAGGAAUUCUUGGAGGGCUCCUCAUCUGCCAUCAAUGGCAGUGUGACAGAGUGUCAUCUGAGUGUCACCCAGUGGUGUCUGCUGCUCUUGCCUUCUAUUUUUUGAGGAGGUACACAUUGAAGACAUGUGAUAUAUAUAUAUUUUUUUGUCUUUCUAUCACCCUAUUUGCAAUGAACAUGGAAGGUAAAAUGACUGAAAUCUGUAUUUAGAGAUGGAAGCCAUACCUGCAAAGCAUUUCACUGGUUUACAAAUAAGUA